CCGCGGCAGCCACACCCGCCGGGCGAACCAACGGUAUAACAAGAGGCGAAUUCCCUGGGCGCACGUAACCUACUAAGCGCGGAAAAGUAGGUGUUCUUCUCACUGCCUCUCUGGUCGGCGCCUUAUGGUGGCUGGCAGGGCAGGGAAGGCACGGGCGGGAUUCUUUAGUUUCCUUGUAUACUAAGUUUCUCGAUUUAUGAAACUAGUAACGGCGCUAAGAAGGGUGUCAGUGCAAUGAGAUGUGUGUUUGUGGUGGGAUGGGGGAGGUGGGGGGAGCGCGUCUGGCAGGUAUAGCGGUUGGUAGGUGGUAGUGGUGAUGGGAGGGGAGGGAGGGGGUUUAGCUGGUGGAAGGAUGCGGGCGUCAGUGUGUCCCCAGCCGUUGUGGAGAGAGGAUCUGUGACGGUGCGUGUGGCUUGACGCCUCCUUACUUGCACAGUCCCUGAGUGGAACCUCCAGGGGCAACUGAACUCUGGUUGAUGUGGAGAAUUAAAAACUGGAAUUAAACAUGAGUGAGGAGAAGACGCCAUAGCACUUGUGAGGGUUUCGUAGAGGACAGCGAGGGGGAGGAAGGACGUGCGUGGACGUGGAUUUUACAAGACACCCACAAUAACGAACGGUAUAGAUUGUGGUGCUCUGAGGUUGUGACGUUUGCUGAUCGCUGGCUUCCCUCACCUAUAGGAGGCUGACCCUUAGUGACGUCGCCAUGGCCCGCCGCUGCCUACCGUCGCCUCCCCCGCUGCUGCUGUCGCUUCUGCUGUUUUCCGCAGCUGUGGUGUCGCGGGCGCAGUAUCCAGAAGACUUCGGGUUGGAGCGAACGUCGAAUCCCGUGUCCAUCAGCAGACUGGAGGUGAUGUGUGGCAAGGACCAUCUCACUGUCCAGCUCGCCUUCACUGCGCCAUUCAGGGGCAUCGUGUUCUCCAAGGGGCAGUACGGCCAGCCCAACUGUAUGUAUGUGGAGCCUAACAGUGGUGGGACGCAGUACGAGUUCCAGAUCCACUACGAUGGUUGCGGCACCAAGCCAGACAUGGGCGGCAAGUUCUAUGAAAACACCAUUAUCGUACAAUAUGACCCAGACCUGAUUGAGGUGUGGGACGAGGCCAAGCGACUGCGUUGCGAGUGGUACAACGACUACGAAAAGACGGCCAGCAAACCUCCUAUGAAAAUUGCCGAUUUAGAAGUGGUGGAACUCAAUUUUCGAGGAGACAACGUGGACUGCUGGAUGGAGAUACAGGACGGGAAGGGACCCUGGGCUUCCCCCGUGACGGGCAUCGUCCCCCUGGGGUCCACCCUCACCAUGGUGGUGGCCAUCAACGACCAGGCAGGAGAGUUUGACAUGCGGGUGACGUCGUGCGAGGCGUCAGAUGGCUCCAGCCGUCCUAUCUACCUGAGUGACCAGCACGGCUGCAUACUCCGCCCAAAAAUGAUUUCCAACUUCAUGAAGCUUCGCAACAACGACGGCAGAGCCACCGUGCUCACCUACGCCCACUUCCAUGCCUUCAAGUUCCCAGAUUCGAUGGCAGUGCAUCUGAGGUGCAAAGUGGAGAUCUGCCGCUACGGCUGCCCUGACCACUGCCAGAAGCCUAUAUCCGGGAACCCCAUUGGUGAUUACAAUGGGCAGGCGCUACCGCUACAGGAUAAUAAUGCUUACGCCUUUGCAUCAGAGGUUGAUCCAAAAUACGCGGCACCGCCGGAAGAGAUUAGCAGCCAUAACCCAGGAGAAAAAUCAGAGAUACAGCCUCCGCGCUCCCGUCACGUAUCUGGUGGCAUCCCGCAGAGCCUUGAUGAAAUGGCGAUGAAAAACCAGUAUCGCAAAAGUCCUCUCAUCAUUCCCGAUGAACGAUCCGCUCAGAAACAGGACAGCGGGAGGAUCGAGAUGCAUCCUUGGGGUCCCAGGAAUCUCCGCCGCCGUCGAGAAGUUGUCAAUCGCCACGUGCGUUCCUCUAACAUCGGUGUGUCUACCAAUUACCAAGUAAUAUCUGAAGCCGACCUAGAAUUCACGCCGGCGAUGGACGACAGCGUGACGGUGUUCAAGGGCCACCCUGAGGAUAUGGUAUAUGGCGUGUGCCUGCCGGCGCCUGGCUUCUCUGCGCUGUUUGUACUAGUGGCCAUGUGCACAGUGAUCUCUGUGUUGGUGGCUGGGUUCAUGUGCCACCACCGCCAGCUUCAGAAGGACACCACAGAGUCUCCAGCUACGCCCCAUCCCCACCACCAGAUGUUCAGCAUGGUGCAAUUCCUGCGGGGACACCUACCGGGCUAUUCUCAGUGACGUGGCGCCACCACUGUCUAACACUUUACCUGCUGCCGUUGCAGUGACCACAAGCCGCUUCGAGGGACCGUUCAAUAGCAUUCAGGACCCGUGUAUUUUAUUUUAUUUACUUAUUUUUUUUAAGACUAUGUGCAAUAACAGAACUGCACUAGACUUGUUGUGGCUUAUGAGUGUCGAAUCCAAUUGAAAGCAGCAGAGGUUUAGAAUGUGGCUGAAACACGCCCUUCCAUUUUUGUCUCCACUGUUUGUCGUAAUUUAUAGUUACUCCUUUGAGGUGGACAGUACAGAUCCCACACUUUAUGUUUUGUACGCCUGCCCUGCUCAAUGCCAGACGUCGCUUGUCUUGUACACCGUCCAUUGUUGUGUGACCUUGUAAAGAGAUUUGCAUAAGUGUAGACAAGUUAGAUAACGAUCGCAGUUAUGUUAUCAUUGUUUUAGGCAAGUGACAAAGUACAUCAAUGCAAAGUGAA